GCCGCCAUUUUGUUUUGUGCGGCCAGAGGAGCGGAGGAGGCACGAGAGGCAGACCGAGCACAGCCGCUCCAGACCCGGCCACGGCGCGCGCACACACACCGCUGGCUUCUUCUCCCACCGCCGCUGCUACCGGAGCUUCGAGAAACGGAGAGAAAGGGGAGCAGCACGACGGUUAGACACGACGAUUAGAAAUAUAAAAAUCACUCGGUGAAAAAAAACCUGAAGCAGAAGAAGAAGAAGAAGAGGCGGAAGGGGAUUUAAAAAAAAAAAAAACGGGAGGAAGAAAAAAAAAAACCCUGCGGAGAGAAGAAGAAGAGAAGAGACGGAGAAAAAGAGAGAGAAUUAAUAAAUAUCAUCGAAAUGAAAAGACGGAGGACGGCGUGAAAAAAAAGUGAAGGACGUCCACAACAAAGUGAAGAAAAGAAGUGAGAGAGAGGGAGAGGGAGAGAAAUGAAGGCGCAGGGGGUCACGGCACCAGGAGAGCCUGGGGCAUCUCAGAUCUGAUCCAAGAGCAUUAAAGCAUCUGCAUUCAGUCGGCUUCACCCCGAUUCACCCCAGGACCAGGGCUUCGACUCGUCUCCUCCAGGAUCUCCACCUCCUCCUCCUCCUCGGUUCUUCUCGAUCAGAGUUGCUUCUCUCGAAGUCAUCCUGCCACGGUUCUGUUCUCCACCAAUAACACACCACCAUUCUCACUCAAGUUUUUUUCUUUUUCUUUCUCAGACCCAACCACCGGUUCUUCUCACGCUUGCGUGAAGGCACCACCAGCGCGGUUCUUCUCCAGAUCCAUGCGUUCCUGCGCACCUAAGCGAGAUUUCUUCUUGCGCAAAAAAACACUAAAAAGUGCCCCGUCGUCCAGGACCGGCCCUGGUGGCGACGGUUCUCCUGCGCUUCUUCUUUUGUAGCGAUAUCGCUUUGUUUUUAAUUUGUUCAGUCCUGAUGACGACGACAACAAUGAUGAUGAUGGUGACGAUGAUUUUUCUCAAGGUGGUGUGAACUGUGUGUUUCUUUAUUAUUUUUUUUUUUUAUUGGGUUCACAAACACAAUAGUAUCGAUGAAGCAAGGUUCACGGACAACUUCCUGGAAUCGUCUGAUCGGGACAGACGGCGCUGAGCGACUUCAGGAUGGUGGACGCCGUAUGAAUUGAAGUUCUACGUCCUGGUUUCGCAUCCCAUUUGAUGACAAGGCCUCCAGCGGGAUCGAGAGCGCUAUGACGAUCCGGAGACGUCCGAGGAGAAACCCUUAAUUCGUAACUCGAUCGGAGGGGAAACGUGUCCGAGUCACCAUUUCCCAUUAAUUCGUAUCCAAAUCGUUGAACUUGUCUUUUUUUUUUGGUUGUUUUUGUACAAUUCUGAAUUUGACCUGUCCUUCUUCUCCUUCGGUGGUCCUAUGAAAGUGGACAGCGGAGUUAAGAAUUUCCUAGAAUACUCGCACGCUCAGACGAGGAAGGGGACAUAUAUGCUUUAAACACAGAAUUGGCACAGAAAUAUGGCCGAUAAUGUUUUGGACUCGGGGCCGUCUUCAGCCAAAAGGCCUAAACUGUCCUCACCGGCGCUCUCUGGUACUGCGAGCGAUGGAAACGACUUCCUCUUCGACCUGGAGCACGACCUCCCCGACGAGCUCAUCAGUUCCUCAGACUUGCCGUUGCCCAACGGAGGGGUGGAGGUGUGCCAAUCGCCCUCCCUCGGCCCGAUUCAGGACACGCCCGUCAAACACAAGCAGCUGUCCGACCUCCUGUGCUCCACCUCGCAGCCGCCGCAGCAGGCAGGUAUGAUGGCGCAGGCCGGCUUCAACAGGCCAAUGAUGGCGGCGCAGAAGAGCACCAUGCCGGCACAGGGCAUGAUGGGAGGGCAGGCCAUGAACGGCGUGCCCAGGAUGGGUUACAUCAAUGCUAACGCCGGCAUGAACAUGGCCGACCCUCUGCAACAACAACAACAACAGCAGCAGCAGCAACAGCAGCUUAGAGCUCAGCAACCUGGAGCCAUAAACAAGAUGAAUAUGAUGGGCGGUGCUGCUUCCGCCCCGUUCAUGCCUCCUUACUCCCAUGGUGGAGGUCAGUCGUCUCUUGCCCCAUCCCUGCAGAAUAAGUCGUCUCAGAACCUCUCGCAGUUCGGCGUGGAUCAGAAAGCCCAGCCUGGUCAGAGUGUCCCCGGCCUGGCGGUGGCGCCCCCUGUGGCCGACCCCGAGAAGAGGAAGCUGAUCCAGCAGCAGCUCGUCCUCCUGCUUCACGCUCAUAAGUGUCAGCGGCGGGAGCAGAGUAACGGAGAGCUGUCUCACUGCAGCCUGCCUCACUGCAGGACCAUGAAGAACGUCCUCAAUCACAUGACCCACUGUCAGGCUGGAAAAACCUGCCAGGUCGCUCACUGCGCGUCCUCGAGGCAGAUCAUCUCUCACUGGAAGAACUGCACACGGCACGACUGUCCCGUCUGUCUGCCUCUGAAAAACGCAGGAGACAAGAGGAACCAGCAAUCUCUGUUAGGUGGAGCCAGUGUGGCGGUGGGUGGGUCUGUGGGUGGCUCCACCCCCUGCGCCCCUCCCUCAGGACAGGGGCUGAACUCCAGCGGUCAGAUCGACCCGAGCUCAAUCGAGAGAGCGUACGCCGCGCUGGGGCUCAGCUACCAGGGCCCGACCGGACAGCUCACACCCUCCACUGCCACCGGUGUUAAUCAGGUUGGUGUUAAUGGUGGUGUUGGUGUUCAGUCUCAAACCCAGACGUCCAGCCACGUCCCAGACGCUCUGCUACACCGUAACCUCAACGCACACAGUCUGAUGAAUGACGGAGGAGGGGCGGGGCCUAUGAGUUCUGUUCCUAUAGCCACGCCCCCUUCUGCAGGAAUGAGGAAGAACUGGCAUGAGGACAUCACACAGGACCUGCGCAACCACCUCGUCCACAAACUGGUCCAGGCGAUCUUCCCCACCCCGGACCCAGCGGCUCUGAAGGACAGGCGAAUGGAGAACCUGGUGGCGUACGCGCGUAAAGUAGAGGGAGACAUGUAUGAGUCCGCCAACAGCAGGGCUGAGUAUUAUCACCUGCUGGCGGAGAAGAUCUACAAGAUCCAGAAGGAGUUGGAGGAGAAGAGGAAAACCCGACUGCAGAAACAGAGCACACACACAGAGAAUGGUCCUCUACCAGAACCGUCACUGCUCCGUCCCACUGGACCGAACCAGAUGGCCAACAGAAUGCCCAAUCCUGCUGGUAUGAAUCAGUUCGGGCAGAUGGGAGCACAGCCGCAGCACAUGAACCAGCUGGGCAUGCCGGGAGUACCUCGGAUGACGCAGCCCAACAUGGCUCAGCUCCAGAACCAGUUCCCAUUAGGCGGUUUCAGCUCGGGCCCGAUGUCUACUCCACCGCUGCUCAACAGCCCGGCGGUUCAGACUCCGCCCACAAGCUCUACACCCAACCUUCCACCCACUUCUCAGCUCCAGACGCCGCCCCUCCACCAGACCACGCCCUCCCCGGCUGCCAGACUCACCCCUACUCCUCAUCAGACCCCGCCCCACUUGCCUGGCAGUCAGACGCCCCAGCCGCAGACGCCCAACUCUGCCAUCAUGGCUCCUCCCACACCGCAGCAGCAGCAAGUGGAACGAGCUAAUCAGAUGCCGUCGCAUGGAGGCGGAGCCUCCGAGCCGCUGUCCGUGCCUUCCCAGGAUUCUCUGGGGCCGAACGCUCAGCUGCAGUCUCCGGCGUCCCAAAAGCCGUCGUCCAUGUUGAACGACGGUCCCACGCUGACCCCCGCUUCGGCGGGCUCCGCCUCCGUCGACCCUGAGAUGAACUCCGCCCCCGAACCCGACAUAAAGAUGGAGGUCAAAAAGCAGGAGGAAGAUGAAGAAGAUGAGGAGGAGGAGGAGGACGAGGCGCGGGAGGAAGAGACGAAAAUGAAGAUGGAGCCUGUGCAGGAGGAGGUGAAGACCGAGGAGAAACCGGAGAAUAAGAAGGAGGAGGCAGAGCCAGAGGUGUGUAAGGCGGAGCCAAUGGAGGCGUCGACAGACGAGGCGGGAGAGGACAAGAAGCCUGAGGUGAAGACCGAGCCCAAAGAGGAGAAGGACACGAAGGAGACGACGGGGGACACGUCCACCACCAACACGGAGAGCAAGAAGAAGAUCUUCAAGCCGGAGGAGAUGCGCGAGGUCCUCAUGCCCACCCUGGAGGCUCUCUACAAGCAGGAUCCAGAGUCUCUGCCCUUCCGCCAGCCUGUGGACCCGCAGCUCCUCGGCAUCCCUGACUACUUUGAUAUCGUUAAGAACCCGAUGGACCUGUCCACCAUAAAGCGUAAGCUGGACACGGGUCAGUACCAGGAGCCGUGGCAGUACGUGGACGACAUCUGGCUGAUGUUCAACAACGCCUGGCUCUACAACCGCAAGACCUCGCGUGUCUACAAGUACUGCUCCAAACUGGCCGAGGUGUUCGAGCAGGAGAUCGACCCCGUCAUGCAGGGCCUUGGCUUCUGCUGCGGGCGCAAGUUGGAGUUUUCUCCACAAACCCUGUGCUGCUACGGGAAACAACUGUGCACGAUCCCCCGAGACGCUGCCUACUUCAGCUACCAAAACAGUUCACCAAAAUAUGGGCUUCUUGCUAACAGGUACCACUUCUGUGAGAAGUGUUUCAAUGAAAUCCAGGGCGAGAACGUGUCCCUGAGCGACGACCCCACGCAGCCGCAAACAUCCAUCAAUAAGGACCAGUUUGAGAAGAAGAAAAACGACACCUUGGACCCAGAGCUGUUUGUGGAAUGUUCUGACUGCGGCCGUAAAAUGCACCAGAUAUGCGUCCUGCACAACGAGACGAUCUGGCCGUCAGGGUUUGUGUGUGACGGAUGUUUGAAGUCGUGUAAUAAGACGAGGAAGGAAAAUAAAUACACGGCUAAAAGGCUUCCCCAGACCAAACUGGGGAACUUCCUGGAGACACGGGUGAACGAGUUCCUGAAGCGGCAGAGUCAUCCGGAAACCGGUGAUGUCACUAUCCGUGUGGUACACGUCUCUGACAAAAUGGUGGAAGUGAAGCCAGGGAUGAAGUCCAGAUUUGUGGACAAUGGUGAAAUGGCUGAGUCUUUCCCCUACCGGACGAAAGCUCUGUUUGCGUUCGAGGACAUCAACGGAGUGGACGUGUGUUUUUUCGGCAUGCACGUUCAAGAGUACGGCUCAGAUUGUCCUCCGCCCAAUCAGAGGCGUGUGUACAUCUCCUACCUGGACAGCGUGCACUUUUUCCAGCCGCGUCAUCUGAGGACAGGUGUGUACCAUGAGAUCCUCGUCGGGUACCUGGAAUACGUCAAGAAGUUGGGGUUCACCACAGGACACAUCUGGGCGUGUCCGCCCAGCGAAGGAGACGACUACAUCUUCCACUGUCAUCCACCGGAUCAGAAGAUCCCCAAACCCAAACGUCUGCAGGAGUGGUACAAGAAGAUGCUGGACAAGGCUGUUGCUGAGAGAAUUGUUCACGAUUACAAGGACAUCUUUAAACAAGCGACCGAGGAUCGCCUCACGAGCGCUAAAGAGCUGCCUUAUUUCGAAGGCGAUUUCUGGCCCAAUGUGCUGGAGGAAAGCAUCAAAGAGCUGGAGCAAGAAGAGGAGGAGAGGAAAAGGGAAGAAAAUAGCACGUCCAACGAAAGUGUCGAUGCCACCGAGGGCGACAGCAAGAAUGCAAAAAAGAAGAACAACAAAAAGACAAACAAGAACAAAAGCAGCAUGAGCCGAGCCAACAAGAAGAAACCGGGCGUGCCCAACGUCUCGAACGACCUGUCCCAAAAACUCUACGCGACUAUGGAGAAACACAAAGAGGUCUUUUUCGUCAUUCGCCUCAUUGCCGGCCCCACCGUCAACUCGCUGCCUGCCAUAAUAGAUCUGGACCCCCUGAUGGCGUGUGACCUGAUGGAUGGUCGCGAUGCUUUUUUGACGCUGGCUCGGGACAAGCACCUGGAGUUCAGCUCGUUGCGACGAGCCAAAUGGAGCUCGAUGUGUAUGCUGGUGGAACUGCACAACCAAAGUCAGGAUCGCUUCGUCUACACGUGCAACGAGUGCAAACACCAUGUGGAGACACGCUUCCACUGCACCGUCUGUGAGGACUAUGACCUUUGCAUCACUUGCUAUAAAACAAAAGGUCACGAGCACAAGAUGGAGAAACUUGGUCUGGGUCUGGAUGAUGAAAGUAACAACCAGGCAACGGCAGCCACUCAGAACCCCGGUGACUCUCGUCGUCUUAGCAUCCAGCGCUGCAUCCAGUCUCUGGUGCACGCCUGUCAGUGUCGCAACGCCAACUGCUCCCUGCCAUCGUGUCAGAAGAUGAAACGUGUGGUGCAGCACACCAAGGGCUGCAAGCGCAAGACAAAUGGUGGUUGCCCCAUCUGCAAGCAGCUCAUUGCUUUGUGCUGCUAUCAUGCCAAGCACUGCCAGGAGAACAAGUGCCCUGUGCCAUUUUGCCUCAACAUUAAGCAGAAACUCAGACAACAGCAGCUGCAGCACAGGCUACAGCAAGCGCAGAUGCUACGUAGGCGCAUGGCCACCAUGCAACGGACUGGGCAGCCUCCUCUAGCUGGUGGCCCACCAGGGGGGCUUCCAUCGCCAGGCAAUAACUGUGGCACAGGUCGUAGCACACCGACAUCCGUGAAUACCCAGCCUCCCACUCCUCAGACGCCUACCCAGCAAAAUCUUGGCCCUGUACCCCAGCCUGGAAUGGGAGGGCUUCCUGUUGCAUCCCCUCAGCAGUUACAGCAACAGCAAAGCAACAUGCCUCCCCAGCACCCUGGCCACCAACAGUUUCAGCAAAUACAAGGUGCUCCUGGAGUAAUGACAUCUCCCCAGCCUCAAAUGGUUUCACAACAGCAGACAGGAGAGUCUCCACAUCCCAACAGUUUGCCUCAAUAUGGCCAGCAACCUCCAGUCUCUACAGGCAAACCAGGCCUGGGUCCCGCAAGCCCCAGCGCUGGUUCGAUGCAGCAACAAGUAGGUCCUCCUCCGGCUGCUGUGGAAAUUGCAAAGAAGAUCCAGCAAGUGGCAGAUGCACAAAGAAACUUGGCAAAAGCUCAGCUGCUGCAGAGGCAGGCUGCUCAACCUGGCCUGAUGCAGCAACACCAACACCAUCAACAACCCCAAGUGCAGAUGGGGAUGCCCCUUCCAGCGGUUGGCAUGGUGGGUGGAACCGGGCUACCUCUUCAUGCACAAGCUACUGUUUCCAGGGGCCAGAUGGAGCAGCAGCAGGGACCUCAAGGAAUGAUGGCUGGAGCAGGACAAAUGCAGCAGCAACCUGUACCACAAGCAAAUCCACAAGGUCAGCUUCCCCCUCAAGUUACAAUGCAGCAAAGAGCUAAUUUGCAGCUUCAGUCUAAUGCUCAGCAGCAAUGGACAGGACAAGGGAUUCCACCUCAGCAGAGACCUCCAGUUAUGAGCCAGUCUGGGGUGCCUACAAUGCAGCAACAAUUGCAGCAGUCUCAGCAGCCACAGCAGCAACAACAAAUGCCAAAUCAUAAUGCCUUGAUGAAUAUGGUGCAAGGUGGACUGCAGGGCGGUGCUGCAGGUGGAAUGGCAGGUGGGAGUCUUCCUCAGGGAACCGUGCAGGAACUUCUGCAAACCCUGCGGUCACCUAGCUCACCUCAACAGCAGCAGCAGGUUCUCAAUAUUCUCCGCUCCAACCCGCAACUAAUGGCAGCAUUUAUAAAGCAGCGGGUUUACAAGUAUAAAAACGGGCCAGGAGGUCCUGCUGGUGCGCAGGGAGGGCCAGGGGCCAUGGGCGGCCAGCCAGUAGGAGUCAAUACUUGUGGGCUUCAACCACCAAUGAGUAUGGGACAAGCCCAACUUGCCCAGCUCCAGCAGCAGCAGCAGCAGCAAAUGCAACAACCACAGAGGGCCAUGCUCCAACCGCAGCAGGUUGCUGGAAUACAACAGCAGCAACAGCCAGGAAUACCAGGCCAAGUGCCUCCCAAUGUGGCCAGCAUGAAUCCACAGUUCAGAGAGCUGCUGUUAAGGAGACAGCAGGCGAAACUACAGCUUCAGCAGCAGCAGCAGCAACAGCAGCAGCAGCAACAGCAGCCAGGUGGGAACCACACUGCAUUCCCCCAACAGCAGGGCUACGUGGGUCAACAGGGCCAGCAGACGCAACCAGGUGUGCAACCUGGGGCCCAACAGCAGGGUUAUCCAGGCAACUCAGCACAGCAGCAGGGGUACCCAGGAACUGCAACCCAAGGUUUCACAGGCAACUCUGCACAGCAGCAGGGUUACCCAGGCAACGCGGCUCAGCAGCAAGGUUACCCAGGCAAUUCGGCCCAGCAGCAGGGUUAUCCGGGGAACUUGCCCCAGCAGCAGGGUUUUCCAGGCAACCCGACCCAGCAAGCAGGUUACCCAGGAAAUCCGACCCAGCAGCAGGGAUUUCCAGGAAACUUGGCCCAGCAGCAGGGUUUUCCGGGGAACUUGGCCCAGCAGCAGGGUUUUCCAGGAAACCCUGCACAGCAGCAGGGUUACCCAGGCAACAUUGCGCAGCAGCAAGCUGCCUUGCAGCAGAGACUGCAGCAUCAAAGAUUGCAGCAAAUGCAGCAGCAGCAGCAGCAGAAUGCUGGAUUGCAAGGGCCUGACAGAGGCGGUCCACAGAUGCAGCCAGGGCAAGGAGGGCCACAGCCUUCAUCAUCUCUGCAACAAGCACUCCACCAGCGACUGCUCCAGCAGAAGCAGCACCUGGGAGGGACUUCACCUGCACAGCAGAACAAUCCCAUGAGCCCACAGCAGCAAAUGUCACAGUCACCCCACCUGCAGGGCCAGCCGCUUGCAAACUCUCUAAGUAACCAAGUGCGAUCGCCUCAGCCCUCCCCUCGUCCGCAAUCGCAGCCUCCACACUCGAGUCCGUCCCCAAGAAUGCAGCAGACUCAGACAGCUUCGCCACACCCCACCCAUCUACAGCAGCAUCUACCUGGCAUGGCUCCUCCACCUCCUCCCCAGCUACAGCAGAACUCUAUGGACCCUGGCGGAAACUCGAUGCUGCCGCACCUAAGUGGCAUGGUGGGACUCCACCCUGCGGGAGCGAAAGACAUACGACCUCCUAGUGGGCAGGAUCUCGGGGUUAACAUGAACUCAUUAGACAUGUAGUUAGAAAACUUUGCCAGAGACAGUGUUAGCUUUUUUUUCUAUUUUUUUUCUUUUUGCUAUUAUGAUUAUUGAUUUAUUUAAUUUUCUUCUUUCCUAUGAACACCUUGAACUCUGAUCUUCCUAUGGGAGAUGCAGAAAUGACAUAACCAGAAUGUUAUGAGUGUGAACGCUAAAUUAUGGCUCUCUUUCCUUUCUUUUUCUUUUGCCAAUUGUGAACAAAAUAAAGGCUUGUUUCUCAGACUCAGAGAAUAGAACACAGGUAAUAUUUUCAGGCGUGAGGGAGUAUUUACCUUUUUAAGAUAUAUUUUUAAUAUUUUAAAAAUGUAAAGUGCUGAUUUAUUGAAUGCAAUGGGUUUUAUUUUAUAAAUACUUUUUUUGGCUCCUUGAAGCAGUCUCUGUUACUAUUUUUACAGCAGGAUGGAAAUGCGACAAAUGUUAGCGAUUCCGGUCCUUUUUCGUUAUUGUUAAUUAUUCAAAUGUCAUGCAUAUCUUCUUUGCAACGAUUGGUUUUGCAUUCUGUUAUUUAUUCUAGUGGGUUUUUUUCCUCUUUUUUUUUUCUUUACUUAUUUUGGCUCCUGGAGACUGCGACAAUUCUACAGAGUCUAUUUUUUAAUAACUGAGAAUUUUCAGAGUGGUUUCUUUACAUUUAUGUUGAUGGAUAUAUAGAAGAAUCACAGUGUUGUGGGCUGAAAGACUUAGUGGUGUGGGCCAGUGGAUUAUUAUUUUUAUUAAUUUUUUUAUUUUGUGCCACAUUUGUUUAAAAUACCUAGCCAUAGUGUCCACAUGGGGCAAACCACAUAUCCUGUUUUCCUCUGUGUGCGUGUGUGCGCGCGUGUGCGUGUGUUCACUUGUUAUGACACUUACUGGCUAGUAGAGGCGUGUAUUCGCAGAAACGUGUGUGCGUGCGCGCGUGUGUGUGUUUAUGCUAAUAUGCAUAGAUGAGAUUAGAAUUUAUCUUAAAAAAAAAACUGAUCUCUCCUUCCAUGCGCUGAGGAUUUUUCGUUGUUGUUGUUUUAAUUUAAAUAUUUUUUACUGUACAAAGGAACAAACCUUGGACUCCAUACAAUUUUUGUAAUAAAAUCAUGUCAACAAGAA